CAUACCAAUCGUCUGAAUCCGCCCUUUGGACGGGGGCAGGUAUAAAAACCAGACACUCACUGCCUGUCAUCACACGAGGUUGAACCGGCAUUCCUCCCACAGGCUGCUUGCAUCAUUUUCAGUGACCAGCAAUGCAUUUAUAGUCUCUGGGUUGGAAAACUCCAGAAACCUAGGGUAGCAUCUAUAUUCCAUUUUUAAAAAAACUUUUUUUCUAGGACUGUUGACUUAAAUGAAGCAGGCAACAGUUAGUUAAUCACAGUUCCUGUCAGUGUGGACCUCUAGUGGCGUUUAGUUUCCGCUCAUCAUCGUCAUCAACAACAUCAUGACCCUUAGCAUCGCUCUGAUCUGGGCAGUAGUGGUGGGAUUCUGCUGCCUUCUAUGGCUUGCUGUGGGGAUACGACGCAGGCAACCUGGUGAGCCUGCAGUUGAGAACGGCUUCAUCCCCUACCUGGGUUGUGCUCUGCAGUUUGGGGCCAACCCUCUUCAGUUCCUCCGCAGCCGCCAGAAGAAGUACGGCCAUAUUUUCACCUGCAAGAUCGCAGGCAAGUACAUCCACUUCCUGUGUGACCCCUUCUCUUACCAUUCAGUCAUCCGACAGGGGAGACACCUGGAUUGGAGGAAGUUCCACUUUGCAACAUCUGUCAAGGCAUUUGGCCACGACAGCUUUGACCCUCGCCAUGGCCACACCACGGAGAACCUUCACCAAACCUUUCUGAAGACGUUGCAGGGAGAGGCUUUGCCCUCCCUGAUAGAGACCAUGAUGGGCCACCUCCAGGACGUCAUGCUAAGGUCGGGCAAACUCAGCCCCGGCAAGGACCACUGGGAGGUGGAUGGCAUCUUUGCUUUCUGCUACAAGGUGAUGUUUGAGUCCGGCUACCUGACUCUGUUUGGUAAAGAGCUCGGUGAAGACAAGUGUCAGGCUCAGCAGGCGGCUCAGAAAGCCUUGGUGCUCAACGCUUUGGAGAACUUCAAAGAGUUUGACAAGAUCUUCCCUGCGUUGGUGGCUGGCCUCCCCAUCCAUGUCUUCAAGAGUGCCCACAGUGCCAGAGAGAACCUAGCAAAGACCAUGCACGCUGAAAAGUUGUCCAAGAGAGAGAACAUGUCUGAUCUGAUCUCCAUGAGGAUGAUCCUGAAUGAUUCCUUAUCUACCUUCAAUGAUGUGAGCAAAGCCAGGACCCACGUCGCUCUGCUCUGGGCUUCACAGGCAAACACCCUGCCUGCUACCUUCUGGAGUCUCUUUUAUAUGAUCAGGAGUCCCGAGGCUAUGAAAGGAGCUCGACAGGAAUUGCAGAAGAUUUUGGAGGAUUCAGGUCUGACGGUGGACCCUAGCGACCCCACACUGAACCUGACCAGGGACCAGCUGGACAACAUGCCUGUUCUGGACAGCAUCAUAAAAGAAGCCAUGCGUCUUUCCAGUGCUUCCAUGAAUGUACGUGUUGCCAAGGAGGACUUCCUGCUUCACAUGGACAACAAUGAAGCAUACCGUAUUAGGAAGGAUGAUGUCAUUGCCCUGUAUCCACCCAUGCUGCACUAUGAUCCAGAAAUCUUUGAGGAUCCUUAUGAGUACAAGUUUGACCGUUUCCUGGAUGACAAGGGUCGGGAGAAAUCCACCUUCUAUCGCAGCGGCCGGCGGCUGCGUUACUUUAACAUGCCCUUCGGCUCCGGCGUCACCAAAUGCCCCGGCAGAUUUUUUGCUAUGUAUGAGAUCAAGCAGUUUCUGACUCUAGUACUGUGCUAUUUUGAAAUGGAACUAUUGGACCCUGCUAUCAAAGCCCCACCUCUCGACCAAUCCCGUGCUGGUCUGGGAAUCCUCCAGCCUACUUAUGAUGUUGACUUCAAGUACAAACUAAAAUCGAACUACUGAGCACUUUGUCAGACAGAGUGAUUGAAGAACAUGUUGUACAUAGUGUAUAUGUUUUACAGUGUUAAUAUAGAUGCCUUGUAGUAUACUGUAUGUGAAUAGAUUGAAUUGUGUAUUUCUUGUUGCUGUAAUUUGCUGCUGAUGAACAUGUAUUCUGUACUUACAAACCUUUAGCCUUUCUGAUAGUGUUGUACUAAACACUUCCUGUCUCUGUUGGACCAGACAUCUGGCAUCUCAGAGUUAAUGUGCUGAGUAGCAUAUCCAGUUCCUGUGGACAGACCUAGAGUCAUAUAUAUUUAUAAAAUACAUGUUUUGUUUUUGCACGUUUGGCCCAUUUACCCAAAAUCUUCUGAAUUACUGCUAAUUGUUUUUUUGCACCUGACAGACAGUUGUUGUUCUGAAUAGAUUCCACUAUGCCCCACUACUGUGUCAUGGUUAUACAUAGUAUACUCCUUAAAUCAAUCUGCUUGAGAAUGUUGAGAUAAGAUAGGAGAACCUAUUUAAG